CACAAAUUAUCGAACACUCGUAUAUACCACUAAGCGCGGGCUAAGUGAUCACGUUGUCACACAACAUCCAUUAUCUCAUUAUUUUUAAUAACUUUGCCACCUUAAAUAUUAUUCGCUGUUUAUUACGCGAGUGUUUAUACCUCAUACGCGUCACUUUGUUCAUAAAAUGCCCGACAAACGCCAGCCAUUUUUACUCAUACUCGUACUCACAUUAACUUUCAUGUUCUCGUACACACAAUCACUGCAAUCAUUCAUUUCUCAGUAUUAUUAUUUACCAAAACUCAAAAUUAUUAUUUAUUUUCAAAAAUUUAAACUUUAUUAUUACUGUCCAAGUGCCACUUGAUUGCUGCUUCCGUGAUAAUUAUUUAUUUUAUUUAAAUAUAUAACGAUAUCAGGAUGACGUGUGUCCUAGAAGUUGAUCACAGGUGUGGGCUUGUCCUACCGUCGACGGUGUGGUUACUUAGUGCGAUAAUCUACGAGAUAGUACAAAUAAAAGAUGGAACAGUUGGGAGAGGGGCAAACGGUGAUGGUUGGAGGAGCUGGAGGAACUGUCCAAGUGGUCCAGAUGGGACAAGGAGGCCAGGCGAUGAUGUUACCGCAGGCAAUCCAAGUCGCGGGUCCCAAUGGACAGAUCCAGGUGCUGCCGAUGUCGUCGUUGACUGGAGGAGGACAGCAGCUAGUGAUACAGCAGCCUCAGACACCGCAAAUAAUUCAAACCCCGGAUGGACAGACUUAUAUUUAUCAACCUGUUCAGUUAGACAGCCAGGUCCAGCAAGCGCAGCCUACUGGUAACUUUAUAAAUAUCAAUGGGAACCUGAUGCAGAUCGCGGGAACCUCGCAAGCAACCGCUACCACGGCGUCAGCUUCUCCUGUCCAGCAGAUCUCCAGUCCUACAUCAGCAACUCAGGCAGGAAAUAUUGUCAUGAUGGUACCUGGCAAUGGUGGACAGACGCAGUUCCAAAGAGUCGCGCUUCCCAAUGCUGAGUUUUUGGAAGAAGAGCCGCUUUAUGUCAAUGCGAAACAGUACAGGCGGAUCUUAAAACGGAGACAAGCUCGCGCUAAGCUUGAAGCUGAAGGAAAAAUACCUAAAGAAAGACCCAAAUAUCUCCACGAGUCGCGACAUCGGCAUGCGAUGAACAGGAUCCGCGGUGAAGGUGGAAGGUUUCACUCCGGUCAGGUUAAAAAAAGAAAUUUAAAUUCAAUGAGAUCAAUGCCAUUAACAACAAAAGCAAAUCAGCAUCAUGAUAAUAUGACAUCGACGAUCAUUAUUGAAAGCACGGGAGGCGGCGCGUCCUUACCAGAUAUGAUCUCGGAUGGACUAGUGACGGAUAGACAUUAAAAAUAAAAUAAUUAAUUAAUUAAGUAAAUAUUUAUGUAUAUUUAUAAAAUAUAAGUAAGCCAAAAAUAUGGGAGUUGAGAGGUUAGAUUUUUUUAAAUUUUAAAUCUCUCAGCUCCCGUGAGCUAUCGAACGCAGAGGCGGUAAUUUUUCAUCCGAUAAAUUUAAGGUUUAAAACUAUGGUCUGAGUUUUUAAAACAAAUAAAUAAGAUGUUAUUUAAAUUAAUGUACAUAAGUCGCGGCCCGUGAUUUUGUAUUUGUUUAGGUUUCAUUUGUACUAAAAAAUCGAUCGAUCAAUCGAUUCAAAGUUAACGUAAAAUUAAUUGAUAGGCACUGUGACUUUAAUGUGAAUGCAUCGUAAUUUAUAAGUGUAUAUUACUAUUAUUUUUAAUUACAUUUGUAGGAUAAAUUUUUAAUAGAUAAUUCAAAUUUAUAAAGAAAAAAAAUAAUUAAAUUUAAAAAAACUGCAAUCAAUUAAUCUUAAGAUUUAGUUCAAUUAAUUAAUUAAUUUUUUCUUUACUAAUUAGUUGAGUACAAUUUCUAUUUGUUCGAACAUCGCAUUUUGCCAUGACAGUUUUUUUUAUUAAUUAAUUGAGAUUUAAUUGUCGGCUUUUUCUUUUAAAUUAUUUGGGUACUUGUGUACUGAAAAAAUGAUUAAUUAUCGGCUGAGAAUUAAUUUGUAAUUUUUGGUAAUUAUGUAAAAAUCAAUGCGAUGUUUGAGUGAUGGCAUAAAUACGUACAAUGUAAAAUAAAUAUAUUAGUUUUCGCGUGGGGUUGAAUAAAUACUAAUUAUUACAUAAGUAAAUUAUCAAUUAGAUAGAACAAAAAAGUGUAGUAAUAUAAAUUUAUUUUCUUAUUUAUCAUAAUGUACAAGUAAAAUUUUAAUUCAAGUUCAAAUUUGUUAUUUUUUUUUUUUUUUAGUGAUGAUUAAAAUUUCAUUGAUAAUCAAAUUAGUUUUUAAGAUAAACAGACGAAUGUUUAAAAAUUUUUAAAUCAAAUAUUGGAAUUUAUUUGAAUAACUUUUUACCAGUCUCACUGAUAACUGCAGCGUAUUCUGAGUCGCCAGUACUAAAAAAGUAAAAUUUUAAAAUUUUUCUCAAUUCCACUCAGAAAAAAAAAAAAAAUUCUUGGCGCAAAAAAAAUUUGUGAUUAUGAAGUGAAUACUUAAAUUUUCUGAGGAUUAGAGAAAAUUUUCGCGCUAAGAAAUUUUUUUUUCUUUGUAUGAUUUUUUAUAUUGAUUAAAAAAAAUAGAGUUGAGUUUUUUUUACUAACGUCACUUUAAGAAUUUCUCUUUGUUUUAAAUUUGGAUCCAAAUUACUUUUGGGUUUUUCAAUAAUUGGACGCUUGGGAGUCCAACCAAAGCCUUGUAAGUGAUUUAAAUCACGGAAUGAAUAUUUGUAAACUGUUUCUGGAACGAUCCAAUCAUUUGGCAAAAGUAAUUUAUUGUUAUUUUUAAUUUGUGGAUACAACGAACAGAAAUCGUACUGAUAAAUUGUUUUUACAGGUAUUUUGACUUGCUCAAUAGUACUUUUUGGUGUGUCUAAUAUCUAAACAAUAACUAUUAUUAAUUAAUAUAUUA